GUCAUCGUCAUGGCGGACGCGGCUUUGGACGCCGUACGAAGAGAGUUACGGGAGUUCCCGGCUGCGGCAAGGGGUGGCGCACCACACAAUCUGCCCAAAUGCACAUGGCAGCCCUGGGUGUCUGAGGAUGGUGAUGCUGUUCGAGCUCAGCGUGCCUCUUGCUGUGCCCUACCUGGACAAGCCCCCCGGUCCACUCCACUUCUACCGCGACUGGGUCUGCCCCAACAGGCCCUGCAUCAUCCGAAAUGCCCUGCAGCACUGGCCGGCCCUCCAGAAGUGGUCCCUCCCCUACCUCAGAGCCACAGCGGGCUCCGCGGAGGUGAGUGUGGCGGUGACCCCAGAUGGUUACGCGGAUGCCGUGCGAGGGGACCGCUUUGUGAUGCCUGCCGAGCGCCGCCUGCCCCUGAGCUGUGUGCUGGACGUGCUGGAGGGCCGAGCCCAGCACCCCGGGGUCCUCUACGUGCAGAAGCAGUGCUCCAACCUGCUCACCGAGCUGCCCCAGCUGUUGCCUGAUCUGGAGCCCCACGUGCCCUGGGCCUCUGAGGCGCUGGGAAAGAUGCCUGAUGCUGUGAACUUCUGGCUGGGGGAGGCAGCUGCAGUGACAUCGUUGCAUAAGGACCACUAUGAGAACCUCUACUGUGUGGUCUCGGGAGAGAAACACUUCCUGCUGCAUCCACCCAGCGACCGGCCCUUCAUCCCCUAUGAGCUGUACACACCGGCAACCUACCAGCUAACCGAAGAGGGCUCAUUCAAGAUGGUGGAUGAAGAGGCCAUGGAGAAGGUGCCUUGGAUCCCACUGGACCCCUUGGCUCCAGAUCUGGCCCAGUACCCCAGUUACAGUCAGGCCCAGGCCCUUCACUGCACAGUGCAGACUGGCGAGAUGCUCUACCUGCCCGCCCUGUGGUUCCACCACGUCCAGCAGUCCCACGGCUGCAUGGCCGUGAAUUUCUGGUACGACAUGGAAUAUGACCUCAAGUACAGUUACUUCCAGCUGCUCGACUCCCUCACUAAGGCCUCAGGCCUCAACUGA